AUGCCUGAUUUUUUAUCAAGAUCUCCAGUUGACGAUGUUGAAGAAGAUCCUGAUGAAAUUACACAUCUUAUUUCAAAAUCAACACAAACCGAUACUUUAAAUGUUAAUAAUCAUUCAUCUAUCGUCGCAGCUGUUCAAACUCGUGCUAUGAAAGUAAGAAAGCAAGCUUCCAAUAACACCACUGAUACACAUAAAAUAUCAUCAGAUUCUCUGAGUUCUUCAUCCAAUUCAUCAUUCAAUACUUCAACGAAAGAGAAUCGAAUAAUUCUAUUUUCAAUUGAAGAAUUAAUAGAAGCUCAACAAAAUGAUAAUUACACAAAAAAUAUUCUGAAUAAUAUCCAGAAUCAUAAAAAUUAUAUCAUUAAAGAUAAUCUUUUAAUGCGUCAAUUAAAUCCUCCAGUUCCUUACGUACCACAAGGUGAUCUUCGCCGAACAAUUUUACAUAUAUAUCAUGAUACAACAGCCAAUGGCGCUCAUUUUGGAAGAAAUAAAACGAUACACAAGAUUAAACAACGUUAUUGUUGGCCUUCCAUGUAUAAAGACAUCAAUAAUUAUGUUAAAUCAUGUAUUCCAUGUGCACAAUUUAAUCCUCAUUUUCAUGGACCUAUUAAUCCAACAUCACAACGUGGGAACAAAUAUAUUAUAUCUCUUACUGAUAUUUUAUUGAAAUUCGUCGUUACAAAAGCUGUACGUGAUAAUACAGCUCAAACAGCUGUAAAAUUUCUUAAAGAAGAUAUUAUAUCAAAAUUUGGAACACCUCGUUGUAUCCUUACCGACAAUGGAACUCAUUUCACAUCAACAUUAAUGGAUGAAUUAUGUAAACAAAUUGGAACAACACAUUUAUAUUCAACAUCAUAUCAUCCCCAAACAAAUGGUCAAGUUGAAAGAUACAAUUCAACUAUGGAUGCAAAAAUUGCAGCUUUAUCAAAUUUACGUAAAACUGAUUGGGAUGAUCAAUUAUCAUUUGUAACAUUUAAUUACAACAGCUCAGUUCACUCGUCGACACAACAAGUACCUUUUGAAAUGAUGUAUGGUCGAUUACCUGUUUUACCAUUUGAUCAUCAAGAUCCCAAUGUUACCCUCACAUAUGAUUCUGAACAUGCGAAAAAACUUAAUCAAUUUUUAUCAAAUAUAAAUGAACAAGCUAAAAUUAAUAUUAUCAAAAAUCAAGCACGAUAUAAACAACGUCAUGAUACAAAUCGUUCGGAUCCAUCAUACAAUAUUGGUGAUUUAGUUCUUGUUAAAUCACUUAACACUCGUUAUAAAUUUGAUAUUCGUUAUGAAGGACCAUUUAGAAUUAUUAAACAGCUUACACAAAAAACGUUUAUUAUUCAACACGUCAAGAAACCAACACUACAUCGUCAAGUAACAACCGACGUGUUACUUCCAAUUUUCGAACGAAAUUAUUAA